ACACAAAGCGGCGCUAUUUUUAAGAAAGUCGACAACAUUGUAUUGUGGAUCCUAUCUCUUAUGUGCCAAUAAUUUGUUUUCGAUGAAGUAAAAACAAAAAUGCACAUUAAAUCUAUAGUGAUUGAUGGAUUUAAAUCUUAUGCACAGAGAACAGAAAUAAAUGGAUUUGAUCCUUUGUUUAAUGCAAUUACUGGUCUUAAUGGUAGUGGAAAGUCCAAUAUUUUGGACUCAAUUUGUUUUCUUCUUGGAAUUUCAAAUUUAUCGCAAGUUCGAGCUGGAAAUCUUCAAGAUCUUGUCUAUAAAAGUGGACAAGCUGGCGUAACAAAAGCUACAGUAAGCAUAACUUUUGACAACCAGGACAAAAACCAAACACCUCUUGGUUAUGAGCAGUAUGAUGAAAUUACAGUGACUAGACAGGUCAUCAUCGGCGGUAGGAAUAAAUAUUUAAUCAAUGGAAGUAAUGCUACCAACAUGCGUGUACAGGAUCUGUUCCAGUCUGUGCAGUUGAAUGUCAACAACCCCCACUUCCUUAUCAUGCAAGGCAGAAUCACUAAAGUGUUAAACAUGAAACCACCUGAAAUUCUGUCUAUGAUUGAAGAAGCAGCUGGUACAAGGUUAUAUGAAACCAAAAAAGAAGCGGCUCAAAGAACAAUAGAGAAGAAAGAUGCCAAGCUUCGAGAGCUUGAUUCGGUACUCAAUGAAGACAUAGCACCUACCUUGACCAAACUCAGAGAGGAGAGAUCUUCCUACUUGGAAUAUCAGAAAAUAAUUCGACAAUUGGAGCACCUUAACAAGCUGUACAUAGCUUACCAGUUUGUUAGUGCAGAGGAGAGAAAGAAAAAAUCUGUGGUAGAGCUGGCUGAAAUGCAAGAAAAUGUUGUACAAACCAAAGGCAGAAUGGAAGAAAUAAAAGUCAAGAUGUCAGAGAUUGAUGUAGCUAUUGAAGAGCUGGAACAAAGAAAGAAUAAGGAAUCAGGGAGUGUAAUUGCUAAACUGGAAGCUGAUCUAGCAGAGAAAAAGAACCUUGAUGUCAAAGUCGAAGGAACUGUUAACGCCAAGAAAGAUGCUCUUAAAUCUGAGCAGAAAAAACAGAAAGAGAUAAAUAAAAAUAUUGCUGAUAACAAAGCUUCAGUUGCUAGUAGAGAAAAAGAUCUAAGCAAAAUUGAAGGCAAUGUUGAGAAAAUGAGAAAUGAUAAAAUCAACGCUGAAAAAGAAUACGAAGCAGCUAAAAAACAUUUUCAAGCUGUCAGUGCUGGACUUUCAUCCAAUGAUGACGGAGAGGCAGCUACAUUGAAUGACCAGCUUAUCACUGCCAAAAGUGAUAUUAGCAAAGCAGAAACAGACACCAAACAAGCACAAAUGAGGUUGAAACAUGCCCAACAAGAAAUUAAAACAAAGGAGGUAGACUUGAAGAAAACUGAUCAAGACUACAAAAAAAACUUAUCUGCAUAUGAAACUCUAAAAGCCAAUUUGACCAAACUUGAAGCUGAGUUGAAAAAAUGUGGUUAUGAGGAAGGUUCUCAAGAGAAGUUGUCAGGUGAAAGAAGAGUUCUUGCUGAAGAAGUACAGAGUCUGAAAGAAAAAUGUUUAACACUUGAGGCCAGAUAUCCACAAUUAAAAUUUGAGUAUAAAGAUCCUGAGGCGAACUUCAAUCGAAGCAAAGUUUCUGGCCUUGUUUGUAAACUUUUUGAGGUCAAAGAUCCUAUACAUUCAACUGCUUUGGAAGUUACAGCUGGUGGAAAACUGUAUAAUGUGGUGGUGGAUAAUGAGCUGACUGGUAAAGGCCUUCUGCAGAGAGGGGAGCUCAAAAGACGAGUCACUAUUCUGCCCAUCAGCAAGAUCACCAGCAGGCCGAUUGAUGAUGCCACUCUCAAGAGAGCUGAAGCCUUGGUUGGUAAGGGAAAGGUCCAAACAGCUUUGUCAUUGAUCAGCUAUGACAAAAAGUACCAGUCCAUCAUGGAAUAUACUUUUGGCUCAGUGUUCAUCUGUUCUGACAUGGACAGUGCUAGUAAAGUGGCUUAUGACCCACAGAUUAUGAAGAAAUGUGUGACCUUGGAAGGUGACACUGUUGACCCAGCUGGUACUCUUUCUGGAGGUGCUCGCGCUCAAACUACAUCAAUGCUUGCAAUGUUACAUGAGCUGCGUUCAGCAGAGGAGAAGGUGACAAGUAAAUCUAAACGCCUUGCAGAGCUUGACAGAAAUUUAGAUGCCAUAAAAAGGGCAGCUGGCAAAUACACAGAAUCCAAGCAGCAGUAUGAUCUAAAGGCACAAGAAGCAGAACAAGUCAGAAUUCGACUAGAACAGAGUAGCCACCACCAACAGCUAGAGGAAGUUAAUGCUCUCAAAGCCUCAGUUGAGGAGCAAAACAGAAUAUUGAAGGAAGCUCAAGAAAUUCAGAAAAGGGCCCAGCAAAAAGUCAAAGAUCUUGAAGACAAACUAAAAAAUGCAUCAGCCCUUAGAGAGAAGGAGCUGAAGGAGGCUGAUCAGAGAGUUACUCUGUCUAAAAAGAAGAUGGAAGAAGCCGUAGCUAAAGCUAAAGAUGAUCUACAGGAGGUAGAUAGUAUGAAGCUUGAAAUAGAGACCUUACAGAAAGAAAUUCAGUCGUAUGAGCAGCAGCUGGAGGCUAUAGCUGAAUCUAUAGUCAGUAUAAAUCAGGCUUUGAAGGAACUAAAUGAAGAGCAGUUGGCAUCUAAGGCUCAGGUGCAAGAAGCUCAAAGUGCCCUGAAGAAACAUAAAGAAAUGCUCAUGUCUUAUAACCAAGACAUUGCCAUGAAGGACACUGAGAAGAAAGAUCUCAAUAAAGAAUUGAAAGAUUCUGGUUUGAAGAUUCAGGAGCUGGAACACAGAAUCACAAAAUUACAAAAGGAUUCUAAAGAUGCCAAUAAAUAUGUGGAAGCUUUGCUGGAAAAAAAUGACUGGAUUGUGGACGAACGAAAAUUCUUUGGUCAGCCUAACACAGUCUAUGACUUUAAUGCACAAGAUCCAAAAGAAGCUGAGAAACAAAUACAGAAAUUGACGGAAACCAAAAACAAGCUUUCUAAAAAUGUCAAUGUACGAGCCAUGAAUCUCUUAGGCCAUGCUGAUGAGCAGUACACUGACCUAAUGAAGAAGAGAAAAGUGGUUUUAAAAGACAAAGCAACUAUUACUGCUGCCAUUGAAGAACUGGAUAAAAAGAAAAAAGCUGCUUUAAUAAAAGCUUGGGAACAAGUCAAUAAAGACUUUGGAUCAAUAUUUUCCACUCUUCUCCCUGGCACUCAAGCAAAGUUAUGCCCUCCAGAGAAUCAAACCGUGUUGGAUGGUCUAGAGGUCAAGGUUGCUUUUGGCUCUGUUUGGAAGGAGUCUCUAAGUGAACUUAGUGGAGGUCAAAGGUCUUUGGUUGCCUUGUCCUUGAUUCUUGCCAUGCUGCUGUUUAAACCUGCACCUAUUUACAUCUUGGAUGAAGUGGACGCUGCCUUGGACUUGUCUCAUACACAAAAUAUUGGACAAAUGAUAAGAUCCCAUUUCAAACAUUCUCAGUUCAUUGUGGUUUCUCUCAAAGAUGGAAUGUUCAACAAUGCUAAUGUUUUGUUCCGCACCAAGUUUGUGGAUGGGGUAUCCACUGUGUCCAGGCAUGCACAGAAUCCUCGAUCUCUCACCUCUUCCUCAUCUUCCAGCAUGGAUAAAGAAAACGAGCUAACAGAAAAGAGGAAAAGAUUGAGGACCUAAAAAUACUUUCUCUUGCGCACAUUUGUAAAUAAAAAACUGUUGCCAUUCUUCGUGUGUAUAAUAUGAAACUGUCAUGGGUGCUACUCUUUGAAAGGCAAUCUAAUUAGAAAAGCAUGUUUCUUUCUUUGGAAAACAAAAAAAAUGUGUUUUCACAGAGCCUAAAGAUUUCUUUUUGACCAGAAUGUAGAAACAUAAAUUUUCAGUUUUUAACUUGUACAUUUAGCUGGGAAUAUUAUUUCAUUCUAGAGAAAUAUUCAAUCUAAAACAUAGUUUAUUUACUUUGUAAUGACCUAGAUUCAACAUUUCCAAAGGCUUCUUGGAAAGAAUGUCUGUAAUUAACAAGAAUAAAUCUUAGAAUUUAAAAUAAAAAGUGAGAAAAUUAUUUUAAAAUAUGCUGCAUUGUACAGAAAAAACUGUAUUCAUGACUAGGGAACCUUACUAGCAACUAAUGGUUGACAUUUUCUUCUACAUUAUUAUGCAUUUAAUGAGCAUAAAUGCAUGAGCCCACACAAGUAUGGAUGUGUAUAGCUAAGUUGCUUUAACAAAUCAUUCUUGUGUUUACCUCACUAUAGAGAUGAUGCUAUAUUAUAUCUUAUUAUUCUUGAAGUUUUGGUGAGUCGCACCCAUAAAUGAUACUUGUUGAUUGAUGCUAUCCGCUGUUGUACUUAUUUCCCUGAAAACAAUCUGAAGUUUUAAUCCUUACUUUUGUUCUGCUUCUCAAUUUUCAUGGUCUGAGCAUUUGUAAUUUUAUAAGAUAUUUUUACUGUUUAUGUUUUAUGUAAAAAAAAAAUUUUGUUUUUGUAAUGGAGGGGAGGGCCACUGUUUUUAUUACCAAGGUUAAAUUGUACUCGUGGAUAAUUUUUAACGAAAGAAUAUUGUGGCAAAAUUUUAUUUCGCGAUAUGCAUAGUUCAUGUUGAGCAUGAAGAUAUUUAUAACAUUAUGAUUUUUAAAAUGGGUGUAAAGUUUUAGCCUAAUUGAAAUGAGGAUUUCACAGUUGUGUUUGUUUCGUGCAUAGGAAAGAACUUGGUGCAUGGAAAUAUGUAAUACUUUAGUUUGUGAAGGUAAGAAUAAUUAAAGAAAGUCAAAAUUCA